UGGUGAUUUACGAGAGGAGGGAGAUAACAUCUGAUGGGUAUUUCUUCACGGAGGUCAGAUAGAGAUAGAAGAUUGCAGUUUAUGUAAUUGCUUAAUUAGAUAACAAGGCUUCGUCAACGCUGCAGAUGUGUUGUGCUGUUCAGGGGGUGACACUUGGGAUUGGAGGGUGUGACUGCUCGUCUCAAGGAAGUAUUUAUGCAUUACUGAAGUGAUUUUCAAAUCUGAUGUGUUUUGCAGACAUGUAUAUGAAAGAUAGAACAUGUAUAGAGAAAUUGUUAAUUGCCAGUUUUGGUGAUAUUUGAUGAAAUACCAAGGAAAUCCAUGUAUAACUCUUGAAUGAAAAUAGUCCAAAGAGUUACAUAUAUAGAAACAUCAUGAUAGACAUGUAGAAAUUGUACAUUUAUAGAUAAGACACACAAGUAAACAAUUAAGAAAGGCACAUAUACUUGCUUAAAUAAAGAAGUGUCUUGGUUGUGUAUCAAUACUGAGGCAAAAUGAUGACUGAAGAGGAUCGCCUGGAUGAGCCUGAGGUGACAGUAGUUCUGCCUGACAGAACUGUACCUGUAGAAAACCAUGCACUCAGUAAUGAGUCACCAACUCUCCAGGGAGGCUUGUCUCAUAAGUUUGAGCUCUUUGCAGCAUGUGUGAUGGGACUGAGCACACUAUCAGGAGGCUUUCUGGAAGGCUACACGUCUCCAGCUAUCCCGAAUUUGCUCCAAAACAGUACCCUUGCUGAGACCGGCUUCACAGACGACACAGAGGAGGAAACGUCUGAGCUCACCACAAUUCUGCCGGAUGUGGAGAGUACAACCAUUGCAGAUUGGAUUGAAGAAAACACGACACUGGUGAAGCGAGAUGUGAUGAAUGCAAACUCCACUCUGAGGCCUGAUGUUGAAGUGGAAGUCAAAAAACUUUUCACAGAGCUUCAUUUAACUGAGGAGGAAGCAUCAUGGUUAGGAUCCUUACUCUUACUAGGAGCCUGCUUGGGUGCUUUAGUGUCCUCGUGGGUAAUCGGCCUCGGCAGGAGACGAGCUGUUUGCGCCUCGGCCUUUCCGAGAUUGGUUGGCUGGAUAAUGAUUAGUGCUGCUUCAGAUGUGUACAUGAUGUAUGGUGGAAGAUUCUUAACAGGAGUUUCCAUUGGCAUAGUAACCUCAGCAGUCCCUGUCUACAUCAGCGAGGUGGCCCAUUCAUCUGUUCGUGGAGCUCUCAGUUGUAUAGUGCAAAUUGGUGUAAAUGUUGGAAUAUUUACUGCAGCUUUUCUAGGAACGUUCAUGGAGUGGCGUGGUCUUGCGGUGUUCGGUGCAGUCACUGUGGUGAUAUACUUUGGAUUCACUCUCUUCAUUCCGGAUUCUCCAGUCUGGUUGAUAAUGUGUGGCCGCGAUGAUGAUGCAAGGCAGUCCUUGAGAAAGCUGAGGGGGAGAAAGUACUGUGUGGAAUAUGAGCUUCAGCAGAUUAUAUCUGCAAAAGCUAACCAAUAUAACCAAUACUCAUGGAGAGAAGUUGUGACACAGAGAUCAUGUGUGUUGCCAUUAGCAGUUGUGGGAUUAGUGACGGUUGUGAACAGGUGCUCAGGCUACAAUGCCAUCAUCACAUACUGUGCCACUUUCCUCCACCAGGCAGUCCCAGCUGUUAGUGAAUACUGGGCUGCUGCUGCUGUUACUCUAAUGCAGGUUGUGUCAACCCUCGGUGCUGCCGUGCUGGUGGACCGCCUCGGACGCAGAAAGCUGUUGCUGGGAUCCAUAUUAGCCAUGGCCAUAGCUUUAGCUACUAUUGCUGUCUGUGAAAUGGCAACCACUCAUGGUGCAGGUAACAGUUGGGUGGCUGUCCUUGCAACUAUCUUCUAUGUGAGUGCAUAUUCCAUUGGUGUUGGUCCCAUCACGUGGGUGUUGGUAGGAGAACUGUUCCCACAAGCUGCAAGAGACAAAGCCUCUGCCAUUAUUGCUGUUCUUAACUGGUUUUUAGCCUUCAUCAUUACCAAGACAUAUUUCAGGUUGGAAGCUGUGACUGGGAUUGCUGGCACCUGUUUAGUGUAUAGUAGUGUCUGUGUGGUUGGAUUGGUUCUCUGCUACUUAGUUGUCCCAGAAACCAAGGAAAGGACAUUGGGUGAGAUAGAGGCCUAUUUCACAUACAGCAAAUUGUCCUGGAAGUCGACCAAAAACAGGCGUGACGUUGCCCUCUCAAGCAUCCUGGAGCAAGAGGGAGGCAUUGUUGAUACUUACAGCACCUUUGAGAAUGUUGAUUAAUGGUUGAGUGUGAGAGUUGGAGUAGACUAGAUUUGCCAUACACAGUUGAUUUUGAUCUCUUUACAGUUCUGUGCAAUAAUUGGUUGAGUAACUUCGAAAAGUUAGUUUUAGAACAAUAAUUGAUCCUUUCUCAGUAUUUGUAGAUACAUAAUUCACUUCCACAGCUCAGCAAGUAAUGUUAAGACAAGAAUUUUAAUAUGCAAAAAGUGUGAAUUUAAUUAUACUCAAACAUAUAUCACAAACAUUGUAAGGGUGUGAAUGAUGGGAUAUAGACCAUAUUUAGCUAUAGAGAAUUUUAUAUAUAUAUAUAUAUAUAUAUAUAUAUAUAUAUAUAUAUAUAUAUAUAUAUAUAUAUAUAUAUAUAUUUACUCUUGAAAGGUAUAAAACAUUAAUUUUUUCCAAUUCAGCUAGGUAAAUUGCUUACAUUGUGCCAUAUAUAGGCUUCCCAAUUUGUUAUGCUUCAUAACCCAACAAAUUCAUAUUCUGGUGACAUUUUAACCCAUUGCUGCUGGGGAUAGCAGGUAUGUACAUGCCACAUCUCCUCUGAAUUUAGUUUAUUUAUUUGUGUUUGCUCAAAACAUGAUGAUGAGAUGAUGAUUUUUUCUCUCUCUUCUUCUUCUUCUUCUUCUCUUUCUAUUAGCAUUGUAAUGAUAAUGUAAUAAUCUUAAUGUCAAUAAUUAUUAACUGGCAUUUAUAUUAGAAAAGCAACAUUUAUCAUGAAAAUUCAAAGAAUGGGGAAAUAAGGUGAGGUCACAUAGGGCCUGUUAAUUGACUACUCGGUGAUACACGCACACGCACACUCACACUCACACUCACACUCACACUCACACUCACACACUCACACAUUCACACAUUCACACAUUCACACACACACACACACACACACACACACCACACACACACACACACACACACACCACACACACACACACACACACACACACACACACACACACACACACACACACACACACACUCACUGAACAGUUCUUGUACCUGGCAGCAAUGGUGAAGAAGUUACUUAUAGAAGGAAUGCAUUUUAGAUUCUUUGGUGGAAGUGAAGCAACAAAUACAUGGAUUCAUAAGCCGUGCUCCUUGUGCUUAGGAAUUGGUUUAAGAAAGCAUAAGAGAGUACAAUUAUUCAUCACAUUUAUUUCAGAAAACCAAGGUCGAAAGAAGUAUGAUGAAUCUCAAAACAUACUAUCGCUACAUGACUCGUUAUUUUCUUAUAAUUCUAUGCUUUUAAUUGCUAUUACUGUAUAUGCUAGUUCUGUGAAAUGAAAUGCAGUAUAUACUAGGGUUGUUUUAAAAGUGAGUAUGUUGCAUAUUACAGAGAAGGAUCCACUUCUCUGUGGUAGCUAUUAGGUGGGGCCCAAGAAGAACUAUGUCAGAUGCACCAUUUAAAAGGUGAAAAACAAGGCAGCUAAGUUCCUGAAUGGUUAGUCUACAGUGAAAAUGUUAUGAUUAUGGUUUUGUGAAGGUAGAGACUUUUUGGUAUUUUGUUAGAUAUUCAUCUGGUAGUUAUAAAGAAAAGAAAACUUUGCAGAAUAAUGUAUUGUACAAACAGUAAUGCGUUCCACUACACAUCAUGAACAUCUCCUUAAGGAAUUCUUUAGAAUUGAAACUUUGCAAUGUCCCUAAUUUCUUUGAACUGCAAGUACACAAGCUCUAAUCAUGAAGUCUUAGGGUUAUGGGGUUAUACCAUUUCAUGGUAUAGCCUUGAAACUUCUUUUCAGUCAUAUGUAAAAUUCAGAAAUCUUCAGUAGAGAAAAUGUAUUUUUUGUGGUGCUUAUGACUUUUUUAUUCACAGGCCUUGCGUGUUCUUCUUGAAGAUAAUCAACAUUACUGUACAUUUUAUUUUUAUAUACUAGUACAGCAUAUGCUAAAUGCCAGUCUAGAUGUUACAUGUGAUAUUUACCAUGCAUAUGCUUAUAUUUAAAUAUUAGAACCAGAGGUUGUUUUAAAAUAUGUUCUCUUGUUGAAGUCCAUAUUUUAAAUGUGAAAAUAUAUAUUAUAUGGUGGUACUGGAAUUUAGUUUUUUAAGUAGGAGUAUUGGAACAAUAUUUUUAAAGAGAUUUAGGCAUUACAAAUACAUGUUGGUUUGAGCAACACUUUCCUAGAUGUGAGGUAGUGACAAUUUUCUUUAUGUAAAACAAAUAAUCACCUUCAAUUACAGGUGUCCAAAGACAUGUUCAUUAGCUUAUUCAACUAUAAAUCAAAUUUCAUUUUACUAAGAAAUGUAUAGUUUAUAUAUUUGCUUCAUUUGCUCAUACAUUUCCUUUGUUUGUUUUUUUCCAGUAAGAUAUAUACUUAAGUGUAUUGUUAUUCAUAAUAAGGCUAUCAUGAGCCUUAAAAUCCUAGUUAUUGGACACUGGACAUGCAUGAACAGGCUUGUGUCUUAGAACCAUUCCAUUACAUGUUAUUUGUUCCACAUUGCUCUUUAAUUUUGGAGAGACUCGUCCUCAAAAACAAUGGAACAAAAGCAGAGAAUAGGCCAUCAUAUGUAUUUUGGCCUUUAUAGUAGAAUUGGAAACAAAAAGUAAAGAGGAAUAUCUUGAGGUCCACUUUUUCUUGCUUUCAAAGUAUGGCACCAAUCAUGACCCUCUCAGAAUGUAAACAAAUGAAUAUGUGCAUUGGAUUUGAUUUGUUUGUAAUAAUUAUUACAGUCGCGGUAUCUAAUUUGCCUAUAUGCCUUUAUUUAAGGUAACAUGUCUGUUUUUUCAACCUUAGAUAAAAUUCAAAAUGCAAGAGGGAAAUGGUCCAUAAUAAUGCAUUUAGAAUAUCCAAAGUUCAAAUUUCUAGGAUUUUCAACUCCCAUGUUUUAACCUCAUGAUGCCAGAUGCAUUAUUUUAUACUCAAUCUUUAUUUCCAAGUAGCUGAUAUUAUUGUUUGUAAGAGAAAAUGUUGAUUAUUAUUUUUGUGAAAUGAAAUAAACAAGCCAGUAUUUCUUUUCUAGACAAGAUGAUAUAAUUUUGUGAAUUAAUUAUCCAAUUUCCCUUUGCUUGUCAGAAUAAGAGAUAAAUUCUCUAAUUGUUCAUUAUUCAAAAGAACGGGCAGCAAUUGCCUUGAAGAUUUACUCUCAGACGUGCAUUAAGGAAAUUAUAUCAGUCAAAACUUGAUAUAAAGCUAAUAUUGUAAUGUAGAAAAAUAUGUGUGAUAAGACCAAAGUAGCAUGAUGUAAGGUUGUUAUGUAAUGUAACUUAUGCAAAAUAUAUUUAUCUACUUAUAACUACAUAAAUAAAUGCAUACAUUUUU